CUCUUGCCUACCUGGCGGCGGCCAGAACCCAGCUUCAAGCAAGUGCUCUUUCUCCACCUUGUUCCCAGGCGGCGCUAGUCAGAAGGAAGGGCUAGGAUGUCGCAGAAAAACCAGCUGAACUUUGUGGCUGAGGCCCAGAUAUGGAAGGAUCACAUUGAAAUAGAACGGGAAGCUGCUAGAAAAUGGCCAAAAAACUGGGGAUUUCUCACCACCCCAAUUGAAGAGUUGUUAAAAGAUGAAGAGAAGCAGCCUCCUAAACCUAAGAUCCCGCUUCCAGAACACUUGCGGAUCCGACCUGUGACACCGGUGGAGAAAUAUAUAAAGAUAGAGCCAUCUCCUCCUGUUCCUCAGACAACUCAGGGGUUUAUCGGCUGGAGAUCGACCGUACCAGGGCUGGAACUUGAACGAUACUAUCAGAUCAGAAGCUGCAAAGGUGCCUUUUACAAGGACUUGAAGUGGCCCAAUGAGCCCACCGACUAACCUUGAGAAGUAAUGUCUAGGCUUCCCUCUCAUUCUCUCUCUCUGUUAGUUAACUCAAGUACCUCCCCCACUUGAUACAGAAACAAUGGCGCUGAAAUACGUUUUGCCUGCAGUGCCUUUGCUUAAAGUUCACUAGGUCUUACUACUAUCUUAUUAUAAUUUCCAGCAUAUGACAAA